AUGAGUGUCCACGACUGGGAGCGAACACACAACCUUCUGAUCCACAACCUGUCAGAGUCAUGGGAUUACCCAGAGUCAUGGGAUUACCCAGAGUCAUGGGAUUACCCAGAGUCAUGGGAUUACCCAAAACUUCUUUAUGUGAGCGCCCCUGUUGAGAACAACAAUCCACCCCCCCCCCUCUCUCUCCCUCUACAGCUGACCCCCGGGGGUAAGGCCGCCCAGGCCGGUGUGGGCGUGGGAGAUUGGGUGGUGUCCAUCGGAGAGACCAACGCAGAAGACAUGACCCAUGUGGAGGCACAGAACAAGAUCAGAGCAGCAGAGGAGUCUCUCACCCUCACCCUCAGCAAAGCUUUCCAUGCGGGUGGCGAUCAGAAGGAUUUGCUCGCCCCCGCCUCCGUUCAGCCCAAAUACUCCUUUGCCCCCAGCACCGCUAUCAACAAGAUGGCGCGGCCAUUCACGCCAGGCGGCGGCAACACGGUCAUUAAACCAGUGGCGUACGCCCCUAAAGUUAACACCCCGGCCCCCGUCAGCAUGCUACAGCCACACAACGGAGAGGAUCAGCCUUUGUAUGACCACCAGAAUUACCAACACGAGAAGCACGGUCUGCGGGUGGAUGGCAUCCCCAUGUUCAUCCCCAACGACCGCAGCAAGAAGAGGCUGAUCGAGGACACUCAGGAUUGGCAGCCCCGCACAGGCACUACCCAGUCCCGCUCCUUCCGCAUGCUGGCCCAGCUCACAGGCACCGACUACAUGCAGGACCCAGACGAUGAGACAAUGAAGAGGGCCAGGGAAAAGUUCCUUACAGAGAUUCAGAGCCCCCGUUACGCCCGUCUGAGGGACUGGCACCACGAGAGGUCCGCACGCGCCCUCAACAUCAAGUCCUGCAUCAAGGCCUCCCGGUCACCUGCUAAGGCCCAGACCCAGGCAGCCGACAAACCUGACGUCCCUAAGUCUCCAGUCAACUCUGGUCCAAAGGUGCGCCCUCCGUGGGUGACUGACCCAGGUUUCGCUGACCGUUACGCCCCAGACAAGACCAGUACGGUUCUGACCCAGCACAGGCAGCCGGCCCAGCCAACGCCCAUGCAGAACCGCUCCUCUAUCCUACAGGCGGCUCAGCAGGCACCCGAGGACAGCGGAAGGACCCCUCUCUGUGGAGCCUGCAAAAAGAUCAUUAGGGGCCGGUACCUGGUGGCUCUGGGUCAGUCCUGGCACCCAGAAGAGUUCCAGUGUUCCCAGUGUAAGGUGAUGUUGGAUGAGGGGGGAUUCUUCGAGGAGAAAGGCUCAGUCUUCUGCACCAAGUGUUACGAUAACCGCUACGCUCCCAACUGUGCUAAAUGCAAGAAGAUUAUCGUAGGGGAGAUCAUGCAUGCUCUGAAGAUGACCUACCAUGUCCAGUGUUUCAUGUGUGCUGCGUGUAAGAGCCCCAUCAGAAACCAGGCCUUCUAUAUGGAGGAGGGAGAACCUUACUGUGAGAGAGAUUAUGAGAAGAUGUUUGGUACUAAAUGUCAUGGCUGUGACUUUAAGAUCGAUGCUGGGGACCGCUUCCUAGAGGCCUUGGGAUACAGUUGGCACGACACCUGCUUUGUCUGCGCUUUCUGCCAGAUCAACCUGGAAGGAAAGACGUUCUACUCUAAGAAGGAUAAGCCACUGUGUAAAGGCCAUGCCUUUGCUCCCGUCUGAGAGGGAGGGAGGGAGGGAGGGGGGAGAGGUGGUUCAGAGGGGACAGGAACCAUUCUCUGAACCCUGAAGACCUCCGCAUCGCACAGCUCCAGUCACUCUCCACUCCACUGCAAACCAGACAGCUUUUCAGAUCCUCGCUAUCGCUCAGCUAAAGAUGUGUUCACAUAUACUUCUAUCCCUGGACUUUUCAAAUGCAUCCUGUGCUGGCUCCCUCCCAUUGGCUCCCUCCCAUUGGCUCCCUCUGCUGUCAGUCAUACUUCAUGGUCUCUUAGUCUAAGAUCUGAAGGAAUUUGAUGUCAACCUUUUUCCAACUAACUGCCUAGUUUCUCUACUGUUGUUCGUCAUAGCAGGUUACUCUAGUAUCAUGUUGUAAUGUUAUUACAAACAGAGUCAUUUCAAGCCUUAGCUCAAUUCUGUAUGUCUCAUGUAUUACCAGUGAACCACUGAAUAUAUGUAUAUGUGUGUGUGUGUGUCAUUCUCCCUCUGUGAUUGUGAUGCUAACAUUUACAUUUACAUUUACAUUUAAAAUGCUAACCACUGGUUUAAAAUGCUAACCACUGGUUUAAAAUGCUAACCACUGGUGUUGACAAGUCAUUCUUUACUGCUGCAAUGUGUCUAGUCAGUUCAACUGUUUGGGCAGCGGCUGUUAGUUUGGUAAAAUGUCACACUUAGCUCCAUUUCACUUUAACUGUCUUUUAAAGUGUCUUCAAAGUUGAAACAACCAUUUUAGUGUGUCAUUUUCUAAGAUGUUACAUUUAACUAUCGCUCCACUACCGACUUCAUUUAAAGUCCAAUCUUAGUCUCUGGUUCGUUUGAUGCCCCUCUAUACUCCAGUACUUAAGGUAAUAUAAGGGGCAACCUUACUGCAGUACUUAAGGUAAUAUAAGGGGCAACCUUACUCCAGUACUUAAGGUAAUAUAAGGGGCAACCUUACUCCAGUACUUAAGGUAAUAUAAUGGGCAACCUUACUGCAGUACUUAAGGUAAUAUAAGGGGCAACCUUACUCCAGUACUUAAGGUAAUAUAAGGGGCAACCUUACUCCAGUACUUAAGGUAAUAUAAUGGGCAACCUUACUGCAGUACUUAAAGUAAUAUAAGGGGCAACCUUACUCCAGUACUUAAGGUAAUAUAAUGGGCAACCUUACUGCAGUACUUAAGGUAAUAUAAUGGGCAACCUUACUGCAGUACUUAAGGUAAUAUAAGGGGCAACCUUACUGCAGUACUGAUGGUAAUGGGCAACCUUACUCUAGUACUGAUGGUAAUGGGCAACAUUACUGCAGUACUGAUGGUAAUGGGCAACCUUACUCUAGUACUGUUGGUAAUGGGCAACAUUACUGCAGUACUGUUGGUAAUGGGCAACAUUACUGCUGUAAGGUUGCCCAUUACCAACAGUACUGCAGUAAGGUUGCCCAUUACCAACAGUACAGCAGUAAGGUUGCCCAUUACCAUCAGUAUAGCAGUAAGGUUGCCCAUUACCAUCAGUACUAGAGUAAGGUUGUCCAUUACCAACAGUACUGCAGUAAGGUUGCCCAUUACUAACAGUACAGCAGUAAGGUUGCCCAUUACCAACAGUACAGCAGUAAGGUUGCCCAUUACCAUCAGUACUAGAGUAAGGUUGUCCAUUACCAACAGUACUGCAGUAAGGUUGCCCAUUACCAUCAGUACUAGAGUAAGGUUGCCCAUUACCAUCAGUACAGCAGUAAGGUUGCCCAUUACCAACAGUACUAGAGUAAGGUUGCCCAUUACCAUCAGUAUAGCAGUAAGGUUGCCCAUUACCAUCAGUACAGCAGUAAGGUUGCCCAUUACCAUCAGUACUAGAGUAAGGUUGUCCAUUACCAACAGUACUGCAGUAAGGUUGCCCAUUACCAACAGUACAGCAGUAAGGUUGCCCAUUACCAACAGUACAGCAGUAAGGUUGCCCAUUACCAACAGUACUGCAGUAAGGUUGCCCAUUACCAACAGUACAGCAGUAAGGUUGCCCAUUACCAACAGUAUAGCAGUAAGGUUGCCCAUUACCAACAGUACAGCAGUAAGGUUGCCCAUUACCAACAGUACAGCAGUAAGGUUGCCCAUUACCAACAGUACAGCAGUAAGGUUGCCCAUUACCAACAGUAUAGCAGUAAGGCUGCCCAUUACCAUCAGUACAGCAGUAAGGUUGUCCAUUACCAACAGUACUGCAGUAAGGUUGUCCAUUACCAACAGUACUGCAGUAAGGUUGCCCAUUACCAACAGUACUGCAGUAAGGUUGCCCAUUACCAACAGUACUGCAGUAAGGUUGCCCAUUACCAACAGUACUGCAGUAAGGUUGCCCAUUACCAACAGUACAGCAGUAAGGUUUCCCAUUACCAACAGUAUAGCAGUAAGGUUCCCCAUUACCAACAGUAUAGCAGUAAGGUUGCCCAUUAUCAACAGUACAGCAGUAAGGUUGCCUAUUACCAACAGUACUGCAGUAAGGUUGCCCAUUACCAACAGUACUGCAGUAAGGAAAUCAGUCAAUUGAAAAAAAAUAAUUGGGCCCUAAUCUAUGGAUUUCACAUGACUGGGCAGGGAUGCAGCCAUUGGACGGCAUAGGCCGUCAGCCAAUCAGAUAAAGUUUUCCCACAAUAGGGUGUUAUCACGUCCGUCCCCCUUCCCACACGGGAAGAAGCCGAAUGUGGAGGUCCUGGCAUGGUUAAACGUGAUCUGCGAUUGUGAGUCCGGUUGGACGUGCUGCCUAAUUCACAAAAAACGACGUUGGAGGCCAUCUUAUGGGGAAAUAAAUAUACAAUUCUCCGGCAACAGCUGUGGUGGACGUUCCUUCAGGCAGCAGGCCAUUUGCACUGUCUCUCAAAACUUGAGACAUCUAUGGCAUUGUGUUGUGUGACAAAACUUCACAUUUUAGAGUGGCCUUUUAAUGUCUCUAGCACAAGGUGCACCUGUGUAAAUAGAUCCCUAUUCCCUAUAUAGUGCACUACUUUAGACCAGAGCCCUAUUCCCUAUAUAGUACACUACUUUAGACCAGAGCUCUAUUCCCUAUAUAGUGCACUACUUUAGACCAGGACCCUAUUCCCUAUAUAGUGCACUACUUUAGACCAGAGCCCUAUUCCCUAUAUAGUGCACUACUUUAGACCAGAGCCCUAUUCCCUAUAUAGUGCACUACUUUAGACCAGAGCCCUAUUCCCUAUAUAGUGCACUACUUUAGACCAGGACCCUAUUCCUUAUAUAGUGCACUACUUUAGACCAGAGCCCUAUUCCCUAUAUAGUGCACUACUUUAGACCAGAGCCCUAUUCCCUAUAUAGUGCACUACUUUAGACCAGAGCCCUAUUCCCUAUAUAGUGCACUACUUUAGACCAGAGCCCUAUUCCCUAUAUAGUGCACUACUUUAGACCAGGACCCUAUUCACUAUAUAGUACACUACUUUAGACCAGUGCCCUAUUCCCUAUGCCCCAUUCCCUUUUAUAAAGUAGUGCACUAUAUAAAGGAAAUAGGGAGUACUUUAGGACACAGCCCAUAUUGCACUAGUCACUAUAGAUACUGUAGAACACUCCAUAUUGAUCCCAGAGUACUUCACUUCACGACAGCUAUAUUAGUAAUUGAUUCGUUUAAAUUAGAAUGAGUAAAAUCAUAAAAAUGAUUUAGUAUUUUGAAGCAUCACUAUCAAUGUACUAUUUAUGGAAAUAAACUAUGGCUUGUUUACAGGGCUGGGGGUCAAGGGUCAAAUCCAGUUUAAACUAUGGAAGUAAGAUCUCACAGAACAUUUCUAGAAUAUCGUGACAACUAAUUGACUGUUGGAAUUGACCCUAACUUUUUUUUAAUGGGAUUUGUAGUCAUUGUGUUGUCCUGGGAUUUGUAGUCAUUGUGUUGUCCUGGGAUUUGUAGUCAUUGUUGUCCUGGGAGUCAUUCUAUACAAGUGGCUUUAUGUAUUGAACCAAAUACUGUAUCUAUCUGUAAUCCCAAUCUUUGAAAUUCAUCUUUACAACGUUAAUUACAUUUAAAAGCAAUGUUCUAAACUGUUUUUUUUUUGGCCGGAGACUGCAUGGUAAAUGCUGUAUAUACCGGCUCAAUAUCAAAUUACCUUUAAAAAACAAUUUGAAAUCUGUAACGCUUCAGCAACACCUGUUUGAAUAGAGCUCAAGUCUCACAAGAGGCCUGUGAAGUAGUUAUUUGUUGGGUGUGUUUGAAACCAAAUAAUUUAGUAAUGUAUUUGUUUGUUUGUUUGCAGAGGGCUGAGAUGGUUCUCGUCUGACAAGAACCCAUUCCUACAAUUGUACACAAUGUCAACCUAAUGGUCUGAUUCCCCCACUAACGUCAACUUCUGCUCCAAGAACAAUAGGAUUAUAAUUAUAGAAUAAAAUAAAAAAUUGUUGUUGUAUUAAAGUAUUGUAUACCAAGUGUCUUUUCAAGCUUUGCACACUGAGCUUUUACAAAAAAAAUACUUAAAUUUGAACGAAAAACUGCUGUAUUCAUGUGUACACGCUAGAGAUGUUUUUAGAGGAAUAAUUGAUAUCCUUGAUAGAUGAGCUGUAUUGUGUAUUAGAACCAAUUAAUAAAUAAAUAAAAUGUC